AUGAGCCGGUCAUCAGAAGGGCCUUCAGCCCUUAAACGUAAACGCCAAGAUUCCCAGUUGGACUCGUUGACAGAGCAUGAGCGCAGAAUCUAUGAUGCCAUCCGCAGCACGAAAGAUAUGGGCAUAAACAAACAAGCCAUUAAGCGAGAAACAAACCUCACUGCGGUUCUGAUAAACAAGUCCCUCAAAACACUUGAAGGCAUGAAAAAGAUAAAAGAGGUUAAAGGGAUCCAAUCCAAGGGAAGAUGGGGAUUAUACAUGGCUGUAGAAUUUGAGCCCUCGAAUGAGAUAACCGGAGGCGCGUGGUAUGAGAAUGGGAACUUGGGUAGAGAGUCUGUUGACGUUGUGAAAAGGCUGACAAGAAUUCUCAAUGAAAAAUUAACUCCAAAGGACAUGAAGGAGCUUCUGGAGGCUUUGGUUUUGGACAAUGAGGUCAUGAAGGCCGGGGAAGACAGUUAUAAGUGCUGCAAGAGAGGUUCUAGAGGGGAACCAAAAUUGGCCUCCAUGGCUUCGAUUCCAUGUGGAGUCUGUCCAAGGGUAAAUUAAUGUACCCCAGAUGGCAUUAUUUCCCCGGCCACCUGUGAAUACUUUUAUAAUUGGUUGAAUUUCUGA